UGAACAAGCAGAGUUACAAUUUUCGUCUAUAAUUUAAUUUAUUUAAAACCAUAACACGUCUUUCGUAUCUCUGAAGCGCUGAACAAGCAUAGCUACAAUUUUUAUCUAUAUUUAAUUUAUUCAAAAUCGAACGUGUCGAUUAUAUUUUCACAGAACACAGCGGCGACUAUUAGUAAUAUAGAUGCAAAUAUUGACACGGAUUUAACCUUGUUACAAGCUUCCACAUUAAUGAAACUUUUUCGAAUGCAAAGAUCAGCUAAGACCGAUUAGUGAACUUUCUAAAAUAAACUUCUUAAUGUACCACAUAAGCUCGUAAUUAUCAAACACAUUCGAUCGCUGCGAAUUUUGUUCCAAAUUGAACGCUGCACGUUCUCUACGGAUAAAUUUUGCCAAAUGCUCGAUUUUCUUUGAUUACUAAUUACGUACACGGGUGCUCCACUUCCGUGGCCUUUCAAAUCCGCGCACGUUUCCCUCAUUAAUGUAAAAUAUAAUAAACAAGCGCAUAAUGUCAACUUAAUACCGGUUACUGAUAGUUAAUCCUGCUGCAUUCCAUUUCACUCGCGGAUAUAAUAGCUAUAAAUAAAAUGACACAGAAUAGCCAAGUACCGUAAUAAUUUAAAUCCCUGUGUACUUCUUUCAACCGAUGGCUCGUAGAGAUAUGAUUUUUAUGCAAUUUGUACGAUCGUAUGUCAAAGGGGUACGUUUAUUUCUCGUUAUUCUAUCAUUUAUAGCGUGUCGCGCAAGCUAUCUGUAUUUACGAGCGAGACGAUUUACACGUCGUAAUUCAUACUCUUCACCGGGAGACUGAACGGGGUCAUCGACGAUGGACGUCGCGACAGAUGCAGUUGUCCCGUAGGUACAUUGUUUCUUUUAAUCAUCCCAGAAACGCUGUACGUUACUUAUUCGGCUGGCCGUUUACGUUCACAUGAUGGCCCACUUAUGCGGUACACGCGCACACGCAUCCGAAACCGAAAACGAAAGGCACGACGCUCGCGACGCGCGUUCUUCCGCACGCGGACACUCCAGUUUACUUAUUUCAUUACGCGCUUACGGCUGCGUACCAACGUUUCGCGAGUCGUUGCUAAUUUUCCCGGCGAAACUCGACGCGCGCGAUUAUAUUUAUAUUGCGAUCGCAAAUAUCUAUGACACGCCUUGGUAACUUUUGUUUCGAGGUACUGAUCGAUUGCUCGUUUUUCAAAUCGGUUUCUUUAUCGAAAAUCGAGGUAUUCAGGGCGUUGGCGAUUUUUCGCAACGCAGUAUUCAGUGUCCGUCGAUGGGGAAACGGAUCCUGCGUUUACGAGCAGUUCUUCUGAUGCAACUGCAGGUUUCACGGCUCGUUCAGUAAUUCUCGAGUUUAGAUAGUAGAUUUUUAUUAGCCAAAAAUUACAUACACAGCCAUGCUACAAUUCUAUGAAUAAUAUAAUAUAAUAAUUUCUUACUAUAUUAUACCAAUUGUUAAUCGAUUUAAAUCUUACAUUUUAUCGACAUUAUGUAUUGUAAUUUAAUUUGUAUACCUACAAAAUUUGAACUGUGCGAUUCCUCUCGGUGGACAAGCAUGAAGUGACUUAGGACGAGUUGAUAAUUCGAUAACGAUGCAUAUUGCGCGGUAAUCCUUUAACAGAAGCGUUCCAGUGAGUCUCUGAGUAGAUUGCACGGCGUUCCGGGUCCAGGAGGCCUUCUUGCAUGCAGAAUAGAGUUCACCGAAUGUGGGGACGAUAAGCGAACCGUAAAUGCCGUCUGACAUACCCUCCACUUGCUGCUCUAACGAGAGUCCGCGGAACAAUGAAAUUAUUCGCGAAUUAUGCAAAGCGACGCAGGCCCAAUUACGUCAGAAAACUGUGUAUUGUCUCUCGAAUUUUUCCGUUUUCAAAUUAGAAAUUUCUAUUCAGUCCGCGAAAUGUGGAACGCGUUUUGCAUUGUUUACUUCGCUUCGGAGGUACGUCAACUUUUGACUCUAACAACUGAUGCUCGAUAAGUUAAUGUGCGGCUGUCUCGCAAAGCGUGAAACGCGCUCACGUUUAUUCAGCAGCAGCUAUCGUGAUGUCGGACGUAUGAUUUUCUGUAAAAUGACCAGAACUAUAACGUUCCCGUUCUCGCGCUGCCCACGUCUGAAUCACGCGCGACGAUGCAACAUUUGCUAUUACACUAUUAUCGAGUGAAAGAAAGGGUUCACGCUCGCUGCCGAUACUUUCUCGGUUUAAUACCAACCGCCCGAUCGUGAUCGCCUUAUUAUCUCUGUUACUUAACUCCUGUAACACAUUCAUUGUAAUAAAUACUCGAUAACGAAUGAAACUCGUUAUACAAUUUUAUGAACUAAUGUAAAUGACCUAAUCUGUGUUUGUUCAAGUAACAAUUUCUGAUCACUGACUUCUUCUUUCAUAUUCAUCAUUUUUCAUUAGUCAACUUUGAUUAAGCAUAACUCAGAAACUAUGUGAUAAAAUGCACUGAAAUUUCGGCAAAAGUACCUAUCAGGUGCUUAAUUAAUUUUGCUGAAAGUUUCGUGAUUAUUUCGAAUAGUGUACAGUUAGGUGAUGACUACCUUAAGAUCAUUUUUCCUAUUCGUUAAGAGUUUUAUCGAUCAACGAUUUCACGUAAUAUCCGCGUGCGAAGACGCGACAGAGUGUCAGUCACCGAGAGUUUACCGGUUCUGAACGUAAAAAGUAAAGGAAGGGUUCUGCAUUUUUACCAGAUCUACCUGUAUCUAGAUCGGGUGUGAUGCGCCGAUUCAUAUCCUGUCGAUUACAUCGACAACUGGGUCAGUCGUAUGAUUAGGGUAAACAGGCUGGACGAUGCACGCGGAUUUCGCCUUCCAGGCAUCGAUAUCUGGUUUUAAUCUAGUCGCCUCUACAGAGUUAUACAUAUUUUCUCUAUGUAUAUUUUUCACGAUCUGUCCCCUACCACAACUACCACCAUCAAUUACACUUUUAGAAAACUGAUACAAAUAAGCUGUUCAUCAAGGAAUACUUGAACAUAAUAUUCUGUUCUUCUUUUAGUUCUACGAAAUCUUUUCAUCAGAGGAAUGAGCCAACAGAUGUUUGUUUCCUCUUUGGAGAUCCAUAUCGAUGUUCCCAGGCCAGAAAUAUUCGGGACCUCGAUCUCCUUAAUUGAAUCGCGCGACCUUAAACUCUAUCAAAGAUCGUUGGCAGCGAGGCAAGGAUCGAUCACAGAUCUUAUCUAGGAGAUUGCACAAAGUUAGCUACACGAAAAACAGCGAGGCAUGCGUGUGUCAGUGAGAAAUGCAAAUAAAAUCGCGUAACUCUAGCAUUCUUUUUCUUUUCAUACUUAUUGAUACGUUGACGUUAGAAAAAUAACGGAUACGCUUUUCCAAAGUGGAACUUGCUAUCUAUAUGAAGCGAGAUGAUAAAAACCUUUGAUAAGAGAGUGGAAUAUGAUCGUAAAUCAGUCUUCCUUGUGACCUCAGUUUCGAAAGUGCAGUCAGUUAGUUAUAAUUGUAAUUACACAUUUCCAGGAGAGUCCUUGUUUGCAGUGAUAAGUCGAAGUGUGCCGAUCGACUGACUGAAAAUAGAAUCAUACGUCGCGCACCGUCUGAGGCCGAAGACCUAAGGUUUCUGAACGUCGCACUGAUUCCUGUUCUAAUCUGAAAAAUCUCGGGACUCGAGACUAAUAGAAGAAUCGACGAAAAGCGAACAGUGCGACGCGAACUGUGUCAGACCUAUGGGCUAGAUACGUAGGCUCGAACUGCGACGAGCUUGGAACGCAUUGGGCUUUGAAGAAAGUAAUACAUUCUUACGCAUCGAGAUACUAUAUUCAGCCUCGUGCCUCGUGGCAUCGACGAAAAUUUAUGCCAGCGAUCGACCUACGAACACAGAUGAUUGAUCGUAAGCUUUGGUAAAAUGACGAAGCAACAUCUGCAAGGGGAGUCGAGAGAACGCUAAGCAGAUCACAAUUUUUUAAUACCCCUUCCGUACUUUCAUCUUUUUACUAGAAUACUUUUUGCACGCAGGUAGUAACGUGAAUUCUCUUAAGAAAACUAUGUUACCUGCUGCCUUCCAAUUAAAUAAAGAAUGUUUUAAAAUAACAACUACGUAUUUUUUUUAUGAAAAAUGAUUUAAUCGUGAUUUCAUUUUAAUUUUAUCCUGCAAAAAUGCGUAAGGAAUCAUUCAACGUUGAAUCGUUAAUGAUACUGCGAUCUAGUACAAUGAUAUUUGUACUUUAUUAUAAGUACACUGAAUAUCGUUUAGUGCAGUUGUUUAAUUCCGUUAGUAAAAAGUAAGAACCGAUCCGGGGAUAAGGUUAAGGUCAAUCACAUGCAUUUUCUUAAUUGAUGCAUGACGAAUACGUUCGCUGUUUCAAUUUAUUUCAUUUUCUAAGGCGAAACACGUGGGCGUAAUGAUUCCUGUUAUAACCACGUGUACAUAAAAUUUGCAUAAAACGAGUCUGAAGAGGCUUUUGAAUUGAGAAGCAGACUUUGUUGAUUCUCGUGUUACAAGAUUGCUUGGAACUCCAGCUUGAAUGAGAGUACGCGCCGUUCUCCACUGUUCGCGUUCUCCAGGUUCUCCAAGCGCGACAGAUAUUCGCACCGCGCUGAAUCAAGCUCCAGUCUCUACGCGUUAUCUAAGCCAUGGACCGGUACCCCCACCGACCUAAAUGCAUCACGUAUAAAUGGUCAAGAUACCAUGCAACCACUGCCAGUGAGCUUGUCGACGUAAUCUCGCAUUCCCGGAGACUGCAUGCACGGAGGCGUGGUGUUCGCGGUGUAUCCUCAAUUAAAUUUGAAAAAAUUUGAUCACAGAAUCAUGGAAAGUCGAAAUUCGUAGUCGUAAUUAAAAUCGGUGACCCGGUGUCUCCCAUAGUCGGACUAGGACUUGAGAAUUGGAGAAUCAUGAAGUGCGAUUCGAGUAGUUGGUUCGCGAUCACGUGUUCCAUUCUGUUGGUGAUUUUCUAUAAUUUCCCGGAGAGAACACGGGCCGAGACUUUCGAUAACAGGACGUUCGUUGAAAAAUGUCUCGCGGAUUGCGACUCGCAGAAGGACUUCACCACCUGCGGAAAGUACAGACUAGCCAGGUGGCUGGAAGACGUAGCGAGGGAGAAGGAAUUCAAUUACGGACCGAUUCGCAUAGUGAGGAUCCCCUCGAUGGUUCACCAGCCGGUGCUUCCGAAAUUGCCUCAGCUGCGGGUGUUCAAGAGCGGCGCGAUCGAAACCUUGAACUUUCUCAGGGACAUAUUCGAGGACUUAAUAACCAAACGUGCUCUCGUCUACACCGUCGAGAAUCCUGUCUCGUCGAGGAGUUUCGGAACCGUGCCCAUGGUCAUGGACGAGGACGAGUUCACUCAACUGCAAACCAGAAAAAAGCCCGAUGAUGAAUGGAGAAUUUUCAAGAAGAAGAAAUCCUUGAUCAUUCCCAUUCUGAUCCUCCUAAAUCUGUUGAAGUUGAAACUAUUACUCUUGCCAAUUUUCCUCGGUGUCCACUUCAUCAAGAAGCUGUUGGUUCUCGGUUCGCUCGUUUUACCUUCUAUAUUGGCUCACCUGAAGAUCUGCAAGGUGCCGCAACCCCAUCAGCAACCUCAGCCCCAUCAUAUGUGGGCCACGGCCGCCGAGGCACCCGUCGACUACCCGUCGACAGGAUACGGUCAGCAGGACGAAGCCUGGGCUCACAGGAACGAUUAUCACGCUGGCCUGCCUUACAUGAACUACUACGGCUACCGUAACCCCUAUGGAUAAUGCCAACGACCAAGACAGACGGCGAAACAAAUUUUCGUACUUGCCAUCGCGGUUAAACAGAGGAACGACGAUUGUGCUCUGUUUAUUUUCCUCUCUAGAAAAUUAGCAACUUUCGCACCUAGCAGCUCUCUUAUCCCGUUUCCUACUUGACCGCCCUAAUCCUAAGGAGAACACGGCGACGAAAGUUCGAGGCCAUGCCUCGUUUAGUGAUCAUUAUCGCGAGAAACGACGAUCGACGAUCACCGUUAGAAUAUUGGUAAACGAGGCGACGCGACGCGUGCAUCGAAAGUCACGAGCGUUCGACGCUUUUGAAUCGCGCAUCGCUAGCGUUCGCGGCACGCGAUCCUCGGACGUCGUUCGUGUCGGAUAUUCUCGCAUAUACGCGAGUGUACCGUACAUCCGUCGGAAUUCCCGAACAAGAGCGCCUCGCGUGAUGUCAACGCCGGUCAUUUCCGGGACGAUAAUAGCGGAGAUCGCGAAACGAGCAUGCGGCUCAUUGCCUCGAGAACAAACGACUGAUCGUCGAUCGUAGCCGUUUAUAGAGAAUUUUUAAAGUUCAUAGAGAAUGUUUUAAAUGCAGCGAAUGUAGGUAGAUCGGGAAAUACCUUAUAUUGGAAUUAUAAGGGUGGUUGUAAUUUGCACGGUUUCAAAAUGCGCGAGCUAUUAUUUAAGCAGCAUGCAGAUUCGUGGGCUUGAGAAAAUGAAGAUAAGAACAGGUUUCUUAUUCGCGAAGAAAUAACUAUGUACGUGGUUAUUGUGCCUUACUAUAAUUUCGACAUGAGACAGUGACUUCUGACUCCGAGCUCUGAGCUCGGAAAACAGUAAACGGUAAGAGUUCGUCUUGUCUCGAAUUUUGCAUACCGUGUAUCUACUGACUAAUCAAUAAAUCAUUUUUUG